GUUUUUAUAAAAUAUUUGUUCCACUGAUGUGUGAUUAAAAUGACAACUUUUAAUUGUCAAUCGAUCACACACAAUAUUGGAAUAUUUUUAUUAUUUUUGUUAUAAUGAUUUAGUAAAUAUUAAUCAAAAUAUGGCACAAGAACCUAGAAAGUCGCCAGUGAUCCACGCUCGAUCAUCAUCAGCCACAGUUGAAAAAGGGAAAGUGACGUAUUGUACCGAUCUGGAGAAGUCAGUCAUUAUGAGCAACUUUGAGCGACGCGGCUGGCUCCAGGUGGGACCCGAAGACGAGUGGAAUUUUUAUUGGUCCUUCACACAAAACUGCCGCAGUAUUUUCAGUAUCGAAAGCGGCUAUAGAAUGAGCGAUAACCAGAUGAUAAAUCACUUUCCUAACCACUACGAAUUGUCGCGAAAAGAUUUAUUGGUUAAAAAUAUCAAGAGGUACCGAAAAGAGCUCGAAAGAGAGGGUAAUCCGCUAGCGGAAAAAGUCGAAUUACAUCUACCUAACGGACAAUUAGUAGCUCGUUACGUCCAUUUAGAUUUUAUACCUACCACUUACGUUUUACCUGCUGAUUACAAUAUGUUUGUUGAAGAAUACAGAAAAUCGCCGCAGAGUACCUGGAUAAUGAAACCAAGCGGAAAAUCUCAGGGAGCGGGGAUUUUCUUGAUUAAUAAACUUUCGAAAUUGAAGAAAUGGUCGCGAGAAGCAAAAUCACCAUUCCACCCACAACUGAACAGUAAAGAAAAUUAUGUAAUAUCGCGAUACAUUGACAAUCCUUUGUUGAUUGGUGGAAAGAAAUUUGAUCUGAGAUUGUACGUAUUGGUAACACAAUUCCGGCCUUUGAAAGCCUAUUUGUUUCAACAUGGCUUCUGUAGGUUUUGUACGGUGAAAUACGAUACCAGUGUAACUGAAUUGGACAACAUGUAUGUGCAUUUGACAAAUGUUAGUGUGCAACGACAUGGCGGAGAUUACAACAGCUUACACGGGGGCAAAAUGAGUAUUCAAAACUUUAGAUUAUAUAUCGAAGGAACGCGAGGGCGCUCAGUCACCGAUAAGCUAUUUGCUGAAAUGCAAUGGCUCAUAGUGCAUUCAUUGAAGGCAGUAGCUCCAGUGAUGGCAAAUGACCGACAUUGUUUCGAAUGCUACGGUUAUGAUAUAAUUAUUGAUGAUACAUUAAAGCCAUGGUUAGUUGAAGUUAAUGCUUCGCCUUCUCUGCAAUCGACAACGCACAAUGACAGGAUUCUAAAAUUCAAGUUGAUUGACAAUAUCGUGUCUGUUGUGGUGCCUCCUGACGGGAUUCCCGAUGCCAGAUGGAACAAAAUACCGGAUGCUAGCGCUCUGGGAGAUUUCGAGCUAUUGAUUGACGAAGAACUGAUCGACCGAGAAGAUGCCAAUUCGCGAUACAAUAAAUUCCAUCGUAUGAAACAAUAGGAUUGUUUGCUAAUUUU